UACCACAUUGUCAAAAUGAAGUUCGUUUCGAGAAUCGAUCCCAACGCCCUGGCGUACGCCAUGACCACAUUAGGGGCCGGAAUGAUGAACAGCAUAUUUAAUUUCUACUACGUCAAGCUGUUUUUAAACCAGUACAAGAUCUCAGAAGGUGCGUUCCAUCAAGCGCAGGUUGUUUUUAUGAUCUGGAACGCUGUCAACGACCCCCUCUUUGGCUACCUUCAAGACAACUCCAAAGCUCCGUGCUGCUCUAGGCGCCAGGCUUCCAUUUUCUACGGGGCUCCGCUAUACGCGCUGGCCUUUCUGCUCCCCUGGUUUCCGUGGAAACAGUACCGCGAAGGCGACUGGCUGAGUGGGCUUCACCUCGUCGUCGCCCUGUGCGCCUUCGACGGCCUGCUGACGUUUGUCCUGCUGGCGCAGUGCGCACUCUUCGCGGAAACGUCCACGAGGCACGAGAGCCGGCUUCAGCUCAUCAAGUACAACCAGGUGGCCACGUUGGUCGGAUCCACCAGUGUCCUUUUCUGUGGCCUGAUAUCCAAUAACAUGGAGAACUUUGCCCAUUUUCAAAUCUUCGCGGUUCUGGUCGGCGCAGUGGCGACCGCUUGCAUGUGCUAUACGGGAAUCUAUAGCACCACUCACUAUGAACAAAGAGAAAGUCUCUUGGAAGGGGCCGAGGGAGGCGAGCGGGUCCUCUCGUGGUCCUCUGUGGUUUCGUUGACCAAAGAGAUCUUGACCCAGAGAAAUUUCCUGCUCUUCGUGACCAUGAACUUCUUUCAAGUCUUCCACUUGGCUUUCUGCAGCAAUUUUAUGAUGAUCUUUGCGGACAACCUCAUCCCCAAGGGCGCUCUUUCCUCCUCCAUCCGAAGUGUCAUGUAUGGGGCAGGUUUUAUUUGUCCUCAGUGCCUUGUGCUCUUCAGCCAAACUCCGUUGAAGAAAUUCGGUUACUAUAAGUUUGUCUUGUUUUCCUUCUAUCUGGAAGCAAUAGCUGCAGUGCUCAUGUUUCUUCUGGGCCCAGAACACUACUACCUGCUGGCCAUUUAUCUGACAAUGAACAUGGUAAUUGUUCAAGCUUCUUUCAGCCUGUUUAAUUUGCCUUUGGCUGACAUCAUCGAUGCAGAUUUAAAGAAACAUAAACGAAGAUCUCCGCUUUCCUCCAUGGUUUUUGGAACAAACGCCUUAUUUACCAAGCCGGCCCAGUCUCUUGCCCCUAUGCUGGUGGUGACUAUACUCAAUCAAUUUGGAUAUGCAAACCUGAAUAGUAAACUUUCUCAGCCCAACCCAAAUUUGUUCCUAGGGCUCCACGACGCUAUGUUCUACAUGAUCUGCCUCGUCCCUCUGUGCAUAGCAGCCAUGCAGAUACUCGCGUGGACCCCUUUCUCCAUCCAGAACAGUCACCUGACGCCCACACACGUUGAGAUGUGA